ACGGCCCAGGAUGGGACAAGCGAUGACCAGGGUGUCCGCCCAUCUGCCCAGGGUCCAUGAGGACGGGCACUGCUCGGUGCGCAGACGGGUGGUGAUGCUGCUGCUGCUGCUGCUGCAUGGUCGUGUAGUGGGUCUCUGUUGGGCUCUCAUGAAGAAUAGACGCGCCCGUGUGGUGCAACGAGGCCCUGUGGUGGUGGUGGGGGUGGGGGGCGCCGUAUCCGUGAGGCUGAUCGGCCGGAUGCGAGUCCUGUGGUGAGUAGUCGACAUUGUAGUCUGCUCCUAGUCGGUAGUUGCCCGCCAGCGUGUCUACAGAGCAUGGGUUCCGCCAGAGCGAACCGCUCUGGCUGGGAGCCGGAAUCUGUAUGGAGAGAAUUUGUCUGUUUGGAGCCCCGUAGGGCUGCCUGGGAGUCGUGGUGAAAAAGAGCCCUUCGGCUGAGCGGGCGCAAGUCUCGCCUUAGUAUGGACGGGAUUCUGCGCGGGCUAUGCUGGAUUGGCACCGGUGCUGCUAAGACAGCAGCCGAGUACAUGUGUCGGCGGGCGUGCUGAUGGCGGAUGUUGCCGGUAGGUUCGUUGGGUAUAUAUCAGCACAGUCGAGAGAACUAUUAUGGUUCGCUCCUCGCUCUGGUUGGGGUUCAGGCGUGCGAGUGAUAGCUUUGGCGGUCGGUGAUGACAAAGGCUGGGGAGGUACCCCUUCCUCUGCUUCUGUUUCGCUGCUGCUUCUUCUUCUUCUUUUCUUCAACAGCCCACACACACACUCUCACUCUCACACAAACGUACACAGCCCUUCCUAUGCUACCAUCUCCCAACCACGCUGAUCCGAUGAAGAGAGGGGGGGGGGGGGAAUUUCAAUCUCUUUCUGCGCGCUGUCCAGUGUAUAUCUUUCGUCUCUGGGUAUUGGGCUGGGCCAGCAGGGCCACUGUAACAGUAUGGGGCUGGGUGGUUUUAUUUCGAAUCUUUUCUUCUUCUUCUUCCCUUUGUUGUAUAGGAGGGGAGGGACUUGUUGGUGUGCCGUCCAGUUGGUUGAAGUCCGGUAGUCGUGUGGAAGUUGAAAAAAGUUCUAGCAGGAUGUGGAUGCCGAGGGGAGGUACCUUCUUAUGGCUCUCUGCAUGCCAACAGGGAAGCUCCCAUGCG